AUGAACACUCAAGCGACACAGAAAAUGUUCAAUAACACAACCUUCACCAAGGUAUAUGCUGAGAGCGCCGAAAAGAUGACCGGUUACUUUGCCGACCUGCUCAUCAAACAAUCGAGCAUUGCGAAGGUGGCUGACAACGAAGAAUUGACCGUGCUCGAUCAGGCGUGCGGAACGGGGGUCGUCUCAGAGCGACUGGUCAAUGUGCUGCUCAACAAACAAAAGGCCAACCUGGAUCUCACCUGCGCAGAUUUUUCAGACUCCAUGAUCGACUUCGUACGUCGACGGAUCCGCACAUUUGAGGCCAAAAGUGCCCACGCCAUUAAGGCGGAUGCCAUGGACACAAAACUACCCGGCAGCAAAUUCACGCAUGUUUUUCUCAACUUUGGACCUAUGGUUUUCUCAGAUUGGAAAGUCGGCAUGGCCGAAACUCACCGCGUAUUGCAGCCUGGGGGCAUUCUGGCCAUGUCUUCAUGGAUGAAACUCGGCUGGGCCGACGACAUGAAAGCCGCCUUCGCCACGGAUCCAGAGGUACCCACGUUCCCGUCAGUGGAAGAACUUUUGAAGAUAAUCAACUCGAACGGGCUCUGGAGUGACAGCGCCUGGAUCAAAGACAACGUUACCGAGUCUGGCUUCGUUGACGUGCAUGUGCGGGAGGUGCCCCAUACGAGUAUAAGUGGCGUUGAUCAGUUCACACACUUGAUGACUGGGAUGGUGGGUAUGAUUCAGCAAAAGACAUGGACCGCGGAGCAACGCGAGAAAUACAAAGACAGAGCGACGAAUGCCGUGGUCUCAUACAUGAAACAAAAGUACGGCGAUGGCGAGAUCAAGUGGGACUGGGUCGCCAUUCUGACCACCGCUAAGAAGGCUGUAUGA